CUCCAGCUUCCAGCUCACAUCUGGCCACAAUCACCGGGGAGAUUUAACACAGAUUAAUGAGCAAUUAGAAAACUUCUAGCCAGCGGUUCCUUUUGCAAAACUGACAAGACAAAAGGAAGACGAGAUGGCUUCUUCACAACUACUUUAUCUGUUGCUGCUGUACGGAUAUCUGCCAAAAGUGUUAUCGGUGCAGAUGUGUGACGUGGUGAACGAGAUUGAGCUGGAGAAGGAGCGCUGUGAGAACAGCACCUCUGGGAACGUCACUUCAGGUUGCCAAGGUAUGUGGGACAUCAUCGCCUGUUGGCCGUCAGCCAGAGUCGGAGAGGAGGUGACAAUAACCUGCCCCACGUACUUCAGUUACUUCAGUGACCAGCAGAGAGGUAACCUCUCCAAAACCUGCACCGCAGACGGCUGGACAGAAAUGCAUCCUAUUGACAUUGCUGUGAACUGUGGAUACAAUCUCAACAGCACCAGUGAUGAUGGAAGGUUUUUCUGGCAAGUCAAAAUUGGGUACACCAUUGGUCACAGUGUUUCGCUCAUGUCUCUAACCACAGCCAUCGUGAUCCUCUGUAUCUUCAGGAAGCUUCACUGCACAAGGAACUACAUCCACAUGCAUUUGUUUGUGUCAUUUAUCCUGAAGGCUAUCGCUGUAUUCAUCAAGGAUGUGGUUCUCUAUGAGGUCGGGGAGGUGGACAACUGCUCCUCAGGCUCUGUUGGCUGCAAAGCAGUGAUCGUCUUCUUCCAGUACUGCAUAAUGGCCAAUUUCUUCUGGCUGCUGGUGGAGGGUUUAUAUCUUCAUGCGCUGCUAGCCGUCUCCUUCUUCUCCGAGAGGAAGUACUUCUGGGCCUACAUUCUGAUCGGCUGGGGGGGUCCGUCAGUUUUCAUCACAGCUUGGAGCAUUGCCAAAGCUUAUUAUAAUGAUGUUGGGUGCUGGGACAUAAUAGAGAACACUGAUGUGUUCUGGUGGAUCAUUAAAACACCCAUUUUGGCAUCAAUCCUGAUGAAUUCUUUUCUAUUCAUAUGCAUCAUUCGAAUACUUCGCCAGAAGAUCAACUGCCCAGAUAUUGGAAGAAAUGAGUCCAACCAAUACUUGAGACUGGCAAAAUCCACACUGCUUUUGAUUCCUCUGUUUGGGAUCAAUUUUAUCGUGUUCGCAUUCAUCCCCGAGCAAGUAAAGACUGAGCUGCGACUGGUUUUUGACUUGAUUCUGGGCUCGUUUCAGGGUUUUUUUGUGGCGGUCCUUUACUGCUUCCUCAACGGUGAGGUUCAGGCAGAGAUCAAAAGGAAGUGGCGGAGAUGGCACUUGCAGAGAUACAUGGGCUCAGACAACAAAUACCAGCAUCCUUCUAUUGGCAGCAGCAACAACUUCAGCACCCAAAUCACCAUGUUGACACGAUCCAGCCCCAAAACACGCCGGGCUUCAUCUUCCUGUCAGGACGACUUGUCCUCCAUAUGAUUCACAAAAGAACAAAUGCAUCCAAGGUUUACAAAUUACCUUCAAACGUUAGACAGGCAUUGAGAGCAUUAAGAAAGUUCCUGAAUGAAAUAAUACGCACUCCCUCAUUUUUGUGAUGGUGACAAAGGAAAGCAAAUGAGCCUCUAAGCAGCUCUAAAUUGCUACAUUUCAUUCAACUAAAACAAGCUUAAAGAUACACCUUCAUUGCUUCACACAGAUUUGAGUUAUUCGAACACAGUUAUUCACUUUUAGUCGUAUUUAAUUCACAUUCCAAUUUCCAUUAGUAGGUGAAUUUGUGAGUCAUAUCAUUAGAGAUCAUUUACCCAAUUAUUCAAUGUGUGACCCGUCGUAUGUUGACGUGGUUAAGUGGGGGAUCCAAAUGGGAACUGCACGUGCACUCACACAAUUUCAUGUAUAGUAAAUAUGAACUGAUUAAAAAUCACUUUGCGGAUUUCUGGGGCUCCAAAUGAAUAGGGACCAUAUUAAGGCUCAACCAUUAGAGAAAAAUGGGCUGAGUGGUUUUGUGUUAUUACAGUGCACAGCCACACACAGGCAAGGAGAAAUCAAAUAAAUGCUGUAAAUGUGCGUAAUGAUGAAAUCGAUGCUUUGAAGCAUAAUAAGGGACUACAGAUAAACAAAAUAGAGUGCAAUACUUUGUUUUCUUCACUGUGAGGGAAGCCAAAAAAAAACAACAAACUAAAAAAAAAAGAAAAGCUGGUGCAGGCAGAAUUUGCAUAAAUGCUGAACAGUUGAGUCUUCAGACCAAACAACCGGUGUGAUGCUGAUCCACAGUGAUGGGUCCCGAGCACAAAUGCCCUUCUCUCCACUGCUACCCCUCUCAUGAGAGAGUGAUUGCCCUUUGCUUUCCCCUUCUAUCCGCGCUGCCUUCCCUCUUGGUAUGUGUGAUUCCAGUGCCGUGAUCGGGGCAAUGGCUUUCAUUAUUUCAGGCAAUGUGGCAAUUUUGUGUGCUUAUCACUGGUGAGUGCCUGGUUUCAGUGUUUUCAAGACACACUUCUCAAUCUAAUUUCACCGGCUGUGGGGCUGCACAGCAACUCCGGGGUGGAAAUGCCUGUAAGCAACCCAGUUUUUGAAUGUUUACAUUUACGUGGGAAGAGUCAUGCAGUGUUGUACAGAUAAUUUUACAGUGUAUAGAAAAUGAUUCUGAAUUUGUGCUGUGUGCAUUGAGUUGUUGAAAUACCAGUAAUGAGUCACUAAGUGUUGCUUUUUUUUUUAUUGCAGCAUGUGGGAUUUAAAGCCUCGUAUGUUAAUACAAAACGCUCUUGUACAAUCUUGUUAAUGUAGCAGUCUGGUUUGUUUUCAAGCUGUGCAGACACUCAUGCAUUAAACAGUCCUCCCAUUUAUAAUGCAGAGGAGUUACAAGGGGAAGCAUCAGAGGUGACAUUCUGGCAGACUGGGCUCCAAAACCUCCAUUAUAAAUAAUGUUUCCUGAAAUGUGCAUUGACUUAUUAGGAAUAAACUUUUCUCUUGGAUGAAUUUGGGAAUGACAAGUCAGCAGAGACUGUUGCAGUCUGAUUACAAAGCAAAGCAAGGUGACAGGGAUGCCUGGCCCUGUCACGUCGAGGCUUUCAUUGUGCUUCUCAGCUUACAUGGAUUAGACGUAUAAAAUCACAUCUGUGGUUGUGGAAGAAGAAAACAUCCAGGUGGUUCAGCUUUACGUUGAUGGGGGGAAAUGUAUAAUUUAAGCCCUAAACCCCAUGUGAAAUUUGGGUAGGACGCAGAAACAAUGCUAACGUUGAGCUUAAAAGAGUAAUAGCUUUUGUGUGAUAUCAUUUAAUGGUGACAGAAGCCAAACCCGGUAAGAGCAUGAGCAGAUGGUGUUAUCGUCACUUUAAAAUCAGAAUUCUGAGUCACAAUGACUUUCUUUCUUUCACUGAGAUCAAAAUGACAACAUAAGCAUUAAUCUGGGAUUUCAUUUGUCACUUUUUGAUGUUAUGUUUCUUUUUACAACUGAAGUAGAGAAAUACUAUAUAAUUUAAAGUGACACAAAUAACUUUUAUAAUGUUUUUUAGCUCAGCGGGUCCUCCUGAACAUAUGGAGGUAUUUAUCCUUCAAGCCUUUCUCCAUCCUCCCUUCAUCUCUCUUCUCUAUCAUCACUUUCUUGAAUCUCGUAUAGCAACCACACACUAGACAACUACGGAAAAACUUUAGAUAGAUUUUUAAAACAUGUAACACUCUCUCAGACUAGUCACUUUUUUACACAAAGACAACAACGCUCCUACAGUAACUGGUCGCUGACACAAAUUGCAUCAUGGGUGGCACAGUUUGCAUGAGACGAGUAUUAAGACUUGUUAAGAACAUGUUUGAUUAUGUCAUGACACCAAAUAAUGAAAAUGACUGUCUUUGAUUUGCUUCAACUGCCACCUUAAACUCAGAACACCGACGCAACUCAUGCAAAACUCCACCUGAUUUUCUUUGAUUGUGGAAAUAUGUCAGCCACCUUGAAACUGCUAGUAAAAUCGUCACCAUUAGGUUAGUCACCUCUGCCAUGAUGUCCACCAUAACUGUGAGCUAGCAUCAUCUCUUUUGAUAUGUGACAUGGUGCCAUAAAGCAAUACGCAGUCGUCGCAAAAGUAAAUCAGUUACUUUGAUUAUCAAUACAAGGGGAGGGACACAGCGAGGGCCGGAUGACACUUCCUAAAAUUAAUCAAAUAAUCUUUCAAAUGAAAUAAAACUGAUAUCUAACCAUUAAAAAACCUUUUAAGUAAAUCUUGACAAUUGUGUUAAAUUUUCCAGAAAACCCUCAGAAACCGGAAUUAGGAAGCAAAUGUAAUCACACCUACAAAUAAAGCAAGAAAGGAAUCAAAUCAAAUCAAUCUUUAUUUGUAUAGCGCUUUUCAUACAAAUAAAAAAUGCAACGCAAAGUGCUUUACAUAAAACUUAAUAAUGUCCCCCCUCCCACACACACAGACAGGCGCAAGCACACUGCAGUUCAUACAAGUAAAGGAACGCAAGUGUAAACUCUUAAUUGUGUAAAUGUAGAAGUUUAUUAGAUUAUUGUACCAGCUUUAUCCUCAGCUCAAACUGUCAGAUCUGACCCCCAUUCCCCUGCACCACCCUGGAGGUCGGGGUGCCUCGUAAACACGCACAACUCCUGUUGACAAAAACAGAGCUCCAAACCAAGCUAUGAUACAAAAAAAUCUUUAAGAGACUACUUAGGCUGCUUCGUUUGGUGGUAUCGGUAAAGUAGUACCAAAAUGUUUUCAGCUGAAAAUAUACUGUACAGUAUGUAACUCACAGACAAUAUCUGUCUGUUCCAGGUAAGUAACCAUGGAGAUGUACCCAGGGUAAAAGAGCCACCAACAUCACAUGGAAUGGUCUUAAUGGGUUAAAGGACCAGGUUUUCUAGCUUUUUUUUCCCUUUAUCACACUGAGACUGGAAAUGACUGAGCUGAGAAAAGAAGGUACACUCCUGAGAUAUAAGGUUGCUGCUCUCAAAAGAUAAUCAUCCUGUAAUGCUUAACUGUUGCUGUAAAGAUGAUUGUUCAGUGCCUCUGUAGACAAUGUGUGAUGUAGUUGCGUGAAUUUGCCAAAAUACAUACUGUACCUCUAAUAAAAAUGAAUGUAAAUAGAUGUGUACAUACUGAGGAAGCAAUGCUUGCUGUGAUAGAUGUUGCUCAGUUUGACCUUUUUAGUGAAGCAGUGACUUUUGUUGUUAUAGUAAAUAUAGUGAAGUCAUAUUAAAAUGGGAUAACAAAUCAACAACCUCCCUGACACGCUCUUAAAGUAAACGUUCAGUGUUGAAUAGUGUGUGUUAUGGAUCUGUUUAUUUGCAGUUGGAUGUUGUCUUGUGUAUAUGUAAGAUAUUACCUGUUGCAGUCUGUGUAACACAACAGCAAUGCAUUACAUUGUGAAGCGACACAUUUACUGUACAUAUUUAUUUGCUUGCAGUUGCAACUGUAUGCAAGUGAAGCCAUUUUUGGUUUUAACAUUUUUCUGUACAAUAUUUUAUUGUAAUUUUAAUGUAUAAGCUUGAAUGCAAACAUUGUUUUAGUGACAGUGAAUAAAACCUGUCAGGACUUUUGCCAUUGCUCCACUCAUACCGUUUUGAAUAAAUUAUUUGGAGGAAUCCAUAAGGGCAUGUACUGGACUUUAUCAUUUUUGUAUUUGACUCUCUAGAGGCUUCCUAAAAGCUUCAGAUUCUAGUUGUUCGUGCAAAUGAUGCUCAUUCCUGCCCUGAAAAAUGGGUUCUCAUUUGUGCAUUUAAAUAUUGACGAUUCAGUUAGUGUCUCCCUAAGUGGGAUUCAGCUCCGUUCAGAAACAGAGAAUGACCUGAUCAAAUGUGCCACCCGAUAAGAAUGUUAAACACGACUAACAACAGAAGAAAACUGUCUGUAGGAGACAGGUGAAAGGGUUGAGAGCACUCUGCGCCAAAAUAAAUUAUCUUUGUAAUGGCUGUACUUUUUCUGUUUGAAUCGUGUACUGUUAAGGGUCAAAGUGCCCUUAAAAGAAGUCUGAAUAUA